AAUUAUUUACUUUCGUUUUUGUUUAUUUACGUAGGAAAGAUAAGGAACAUUGAAACGAGUCUGUCUUUCUCAAGACUGGACGUUACACUGCGCUGCAGAGUUCCUGUUUAUUUGCAUUACAGGUAGAAAGUUACGUGAUGGCAUGUGCUAAUCUAGCGCUAACCUGAACUAGGAAAUAUCGGCAUUAUUAUUUGAACACUAACGUAUCAUUAGAUUGCCGUUAACCACAAGCGAGGCCUUCGGUGGUGUUAUACUUUGGAUUUUUACGCACUGAUGCAGCUAGCCUCAAUUUCUUUUUCUAAAUGUUGGAUACUAGAGAUCGGCGAAACCACGCGAAAAUUUGAAAGGCAGUAAAGAUAAAAUUUUGCAGCGAGGCUUAGUUGAAAACUAGUCUACAUUAGGGACGCAGUUCUCAGUUUUUGCUUCUAUUAUUGAACAUGUUCUUCUCCGAUAAACCUGUCUUCCCGUUGAAAUCGGGUGUCAAAUUCAGUGUUAUACCCGAAACACUAGAGAGUCCCUUUAAAGAACAUUUUCCAGCUUACUACAAAGGACUAGUUCGUGGAGAACCCGGUGGAUUUGUCCUGCAUCCGAAAUUUGUCAGCAAUGCGGACAAGAUUUACAAUAUGACAGUUAGAAGUACCGACCUUUGGAUCCGGACUUUCCCGAGAUCUGGAAUGACUUGGACAUCUGAAUUGGCUUGGCUCAUUAUGAAUGAUUGCAAUUUUAGUGAAGCUCUUGAAGUGCCACUGAGUGUUCGUUCCCACACUGUCGAUACAAAUUAUUUUACCAAUUGGGACGUUCUUGCUCCUUCAGAGAUAAUGGAUGCACGUCAUUGUCAAUCUAUCGAAAAGAUGGAACAGCUGCCGUCGCCCAGAAUUUUAAAAUCUCAUUUACCUUUCCACUUGUUGCCUCCACGAUUGCUCAACACUGCCAAAGUCAUUUUCGUUGUCCGCAAUCCCAAAGACGCCAUAGUUUCCUUCUUCCACUUUCACAAGUUGGUGAAACUAUGUUACUUUGCCGGAGAAAUGGAUCAGUUUGUUGACUAUUUUAUCGACAACAAAGUGGCAUGGACUCCAUAUUUCUCCUCUGUUCUUGAUGCUUGGGGGAAACGUAAUCACCCCAAUCUGCUAAUUUUAUUCUACGAAGACAUGAUCAAGGAUCUACGUGCUCAAAUUGAAAAAAUGGCUACUUUCCUCAAUAGAACGGUGACUGAAGAACAAAUAGGAAAACUGGUGGAUCACGUUCGUGUCGAUUCGCAAAGGGAUCGGCCCAACAUUUCAAUUAAGGCCAGCGUGACAAAUAAUGAUUGUUUAUUCAUUCGGCAAGGAAAAACAAACGACUGGAAGAAUUAUUUUAGUCCAGAAGUUAAUGUUAAAAUUGACGAGUGGAUCAAGAACAAUUUGGAUGGGAGCGAUUUGAAUUUUGCCACUGUUCUCCAGAAUUAACACGAAUUCAAAGUAUCAUUUUA